AUGCUCUCCAACAAAGCCGCUUCCGCCAUCGUGGCACUCGCCAGUGGCGUACUGGCCUUGCCUUCUGCCGUGCCCAUGACCCUAUUCGAGUCGGUCAGAUCUGCUCCCAGCGCCUGGAGCCAGGUUGGCACUGCUCCCAAGGACGAGGUCUUCGAGCUCCGCAUCUAUCUUGCCAAGCAGAACGUAGCCGAGUUCCAAGAACUGGCUUUGAACAUCGCUACCCCUGGUCAUGAGCAGUACGGAAAGCACUUGUCCCUCACCCAGAUCGAUGCCAUCGUCGCCCCCAAAGCCGAGUCCAAAGAUCUCGUGUUCCAAUGGCUUGGAAACCACAGCCUUGCGGACGGUGCUACUGUCAAUGCUCGUGGAAAUGUCGUCCUCGUCAACGUCACCAUCAGCCAAGCUGAGCAGCUUCUUGCAGCCGAGUACAACAGCUACACCAAUGCUGAGACCCAGGAGACUCGGUCCAGAGCCCUCGAGGUCAACAUCCCUGUGGCUCUUGACGGUCACAUUAGUAUGAUGCAGCCAACAACCUUCUUCGGGUUCCAAGGUCUCCAACCCAAGGUUCAUCCCAAGUCAGACAUCAGCCCCGAGGUGACCUACACCACACCGACUACCUUGGCCGCACUGUACGGGUUCAGUGGCGUCAAGACUCUGACGAGCGGCAUCAUGGGGAUCGGGGGUUUCAUCGGACAAUGGUCCAGCACAUCUGACCUGAAAACCUUCCUGACCAAGUUCGUCAUCAAGGGUUUCGCCAACACGGGCCAGAGCUACACCUGCGACACCAUCAACAGCGGCAAGUGCCCGACCAGCCCCUCGGGUUCCAACAUCGGGAUCGAGGCCAACCUGGACGUGCAGUACGCGCGCGCCAUCACGAGCGACAUCCCCAACGUCUUCUACUCGGUCGGCGGCAACGACGACUCCAUAUACGAGUACCUCUCCACCUACAUCCUGGGUCUCGACGACGAUGCGCGCCCCAACGUCAUCUCCAUCUCGUACGGCGGCGACGAGAGCGCCGUCGCCCUGAGCGUCGCCACGGCCACCUGCGACGACUUCGCCGAGCUCGGCUCCGCCGGCGUGUCCGUCCUGUUCGCCUCGGGCGACUCGGGCGUCGGCACCGGCUGCACCAUCGACGGCGCCAAGGCGUACCAGCCCGACUUCCCGGGCGGGUGCCCUUGGGUGACCAUGGUCGGCGGCACGACCGGGACGACGACCGAGUCGGCCUGGACCGACGGCGGCGGCGGCUUCUCCAACGUCUUUGGCCGCCCCGCGUGGCAGGACGACGUCGUCAGUUUGUGGCUCGACAGCAACACCGACGGCAACACGCAGUACUACAACGCGAGCGGCCGCGCCUACCCCGAUGUCGCUGCUGCCGCCACGUACUUCGAGAUCGUCGUCGGAGGCGCCACCGAGGCCGUCGACGGGACUUCCUGCGCCGCGCCCACGUUCUCCAGUGUCAUCCAGCUGGUCAACUCCCAACGUCUCGACGCGGGUCUGGCCCCGUUGGGCUUCUUGAACCCCUGGCUGUACGGGGACGCGGCCUCCGCCUUGAACGACAUUACCAGUGGCAGCAUUGGCGGCUGUACUGCCCUCGACGGUGGGUUCAGCGCUGUCAAGGGCUGGGAUCCUGCUACCGGACUCGGCAGCCCGAACUACCCGAAGCUUCUGACAGCCGGUCUGGCCGCCUAA